AUGAGCGGCGGGUCGGCGAGUAAGCCUGGAGCUCAGGUUGUGGUGAUGACCCGGCGACCCAAGCACGCAGUCCUGGGUUUGGCUACUGCCGCUGGUCAAGGGGUACUAGCCGCAGUACCGGGUAUCUACAGUGCCGCAGGACGGGUGUCUAACGGCGAAGUACAUGGGGUGCGACAAGCCCUCAGGCCGGGGGACUUCAGCGCCGCAGUCAUGGGUACGUCUUGCCUGUCAGUGCCGGGCGAGGUGGUGGAGGAGGACGACCUUCACGUGAGAUUGUUUUUAAAAGCAGAGAUCAUGAAGACCCCACAGAGGCCAGUGGUGAUCGUCAGUCGAUGGGUUGCCACCGAGUCGUUUGGUACAGGCCCUGUCCUUCGAAGACCAGAGCUGCUGAGGAUGCUGCUGCGGCGGGGGGUCAACUUGUGGUAUUACGCACGAUGGGCUGCGGGCGGGCUGUUUCAGACGGCUUGGUUCUUGCGGCAGUCCGGGUCAGGUCGCUGGCUUCAGUGGUCAGGUCGGGAUCUGCAGUCUCGGACGUUGGGGCGGGGCAGACUGAUGGGCAGAGGCUGUGCUGCUAGGAUCUGUGAAGAGUGCUGGCGGCAGAAGGUCAGCGUAGGGCUGCAGACGGGUCAGGAUCUGGCCUGCAGGUACGUCUGGGGCUUGCUUCAGACAGGUGGCUGGGGCGGGGGUGCAGUGGCUGGGAGGCGGAUCGACGGCAGGGAGUAG